AUGCCGCCGCCGCCGCCCCCCGCCGCCAACAAGGACGAGCAGCCUAAGCCUGCGGGUGCGGGUGCAGGCUCGGACCUCCCGCCGCUCUCCGCCAAGGAGUUCCGUGUCUAUAACCGCAUGGCGGAGCAUAUGGAUCAGUUUCACACCCACUUCCGCCUAACCUACAACACCCUCCUCUCCGCCUGCGCCACGCCGCCCAAACCCAAACUCGCCCCGCGCGCUCUCAUCACGCAAGCCCUGGAGUUCUGCCACCACCUGACCAUGCACCACACCAUCGAGGAGCGACACAUCUUCCCCGUGCUGGCGCGCCGGAUGCCCGAGUUUCGGCGGGAGUUGAGUCUGCUCAGUCAGCACAAGGAGAUCCACCGCGGGAUGGCGGCGCUGGAGCGGUACCUGGAGGCGUGUCGGUCCGGGGAGACGGAUUUGGAUCGGAGGGAGGUGGGUCGGUUGUUGGAGGGGUUUGGGGGGGUGUUGUUUGAGCAUUUGGAUGAGGAGGUGCAUGCGUUGCGGGCGGAGAAUAUGAGGGUUUAUUGGAGUGAGAGGGAGAUGGCGGGAUUGCCCAUGUAA